CAAAGAAGUUGAGAAAACACUGCAGGAGAUGAAAGACCCAGAAAAGUAAAUAGUGAAGUUGCCACAUCAGAAAAAGAGGCCAAACCUUCAUUGACUUUACAGAAACUCUGACCAAGAUCCAAUGACCAGGAGGGUCGACCUCUCGGCUAUGACUCUGCUAUCCGAUUACGUGAAUGCGACCGAUCCCAACUUUAUCGUGGCUGUCAUCUCCAUCGCUUUCAACCCGUUGUUCUGGAAUCUGGUUGCAAGAUGGGAGCACAGGACCCGGUCACUCACACGCAUCUUCGGUUCUCCUUACGCAGCCUGCUACUUCCUGGGAGUUGUCAUCAUCUCACUGAACUUUCUGCGGACUCACUGCUUUGGAGAAGCAAUGAAGGGUCAGCCCAAGCUGCCACUGCUGGAUUGUCUUUUGGGAUACUAUGCCAGUGUGGCCCUCAUAGCAGCGGGCAUCCUGUUGGUGACCUCCAGUUUCCUUGCACUGGGGUUUAUUGGGACAUUUUUAGGCGACUAUUUCGGCAUUCUCAUGGAGACGAAGGUGACCUCCUUCCCCUUCAAUGUCAUGGAGAAUCCUAUGUACUGGGGUAGCACCUCCAUCUAUUUCGGAUGGUCCCUCGGGAACGCCAGCCCAGUGGGUCUCGUCCUGACUAUGGUGGUGGCUCUGUGCUACGCAGUUGCUCUGCUCUACGAAGGGCCUUUCACUGAAGAAAUCUACCGCAACAAAGCAACGAAGUGUAAGUAAGGCCACAACACCAGUUGCAAAGACCUCCCCAACGCUGGGAUUGCUUGGACACAGAGAGCUGGCCUGCUGGUGGCUCCGAGAUGGGACAAUUGGAUAGGAUGAGAGAACUUCAGCAGCCUGACUUCCGUCGCAUUCCUCAAACUCCUCAACGAACACACAAACAGCUCCUCCCCCCCCUUUUUUUUUUGGUUUCAUGGGGAACGCCCAACUCCGAAAACGAAAGAUUUCACAAACACACAGGCCAAGCCAGGCACAGCAAGGGUGCUUUUGAAUGCCAAUGUUUGCUUCGCCCCGGCUGUCAGCCGUUUCCAUUAGCCACGUAAUUCUGGAUGUUUUGAUUAUAGGCUGGAGAGCAUCGGAAAGGUGGCCCAGGGAGGAGACCCUGAACGGUUUAUGAAACUGGAACCGUGUGCAGGACGCGUACAAAGAGAGAGAUUGAAACAAUGAAAAAGCACAGAGUGUAUACAUUCCUUGUCAGGAGAACAAAGCCGCAAGGGUGUAUUUGCGCUAAUGCUGCUUCCCAGUAUUUGUGGGGGAAAGGGAUUGGAUGCUUCAGCGGGGAGGCAUGGACUACCUGUGAACAUGCAGCAUCUGUAUUCACGCAACAUACAUACAAUUGGGAACUUAAUUCAUCCAUUUUCUGGACUGUCACCAUGCCUUAGAUCUUAAGGUCAGCAAAGGGCUGAGAUUAUUCAAUAUGCAAAGCCAGAAAGAAACCCUAACCAUGUUGAUCACAAAUCAAGGUUAGCGUUAUUUUUAUGAAGGCAUCUCCUUGGGUCAUGAUCUGACCUGCUUAAGCUUGAGGUGUUCUUGGUGCUCUCUGAGCUUGGUUGUUUUCUUGCCGACGUUUCAUGACCCAACUAGGUAACAUCAAUGCUAGAAGGGAAUGUGGUUUGUGGGUUAAUUUUGAACAGGGCUGCUUUUAAAACAAAAAUGGAAGAUUCUCUCUGGAUAACCAGGGAUGUCAGGAAGAAGAUUGAAACCCAAGUUCUCCAGAAUUUGGUAGAAAACAGUAUAUUGGCAUUGUAUCUCCUCCUUUGUCCCUCAGCUGAAAUAGUGCAGCCCUUCAAACGCUGUAUCAGAUAACGACUUCAGUUUUAGGGUUUCAGAUGCACCCCAUUUAUUGCUACCACUGCCUUUUUUCUAUGUGCUAUGAUGUCUUAACUUCUGAAAGCACCUUCUAAGCUUCUGGACCUCACCACAGAUGGUGUGUUUUCUCAACAAUGUUGGUGGACUUUGGCAGCCAAAGCAACUGUGGUUUAGUUUUUGUGAUGUUCCAGAGAAUGUUAGAUUUUGAAAGCAUAUCCAUAUGGAUAUCCAUAAGUCCCAAAGUGUUGCUUUAGCUGUUGUGAGUUUUCCUGUGUAGGAAUGGGUCAGAUUUAGUGGUAUGGUUGGUUAGUCUUGAGUGAUCAUUUCUGGAAAAGGAACAAAAACAGCAAUAUUUUUUCAUCAUUUGAAGAGUGCAAGAGUUUUGCCACACAUUUUUCACCCUCAUCCAUGAUGUCCAUCUCCCCAAACUUCUCCUGAGGCUCCAAAGACAGAUGUUCUUCUUGAAGGCAACAUCUGAUGAACGGAUUCGAAGAGAUGUAGGUCUCUCACUCACUCCAUCUGGCCUGGAUUCUUUACCCAUGAAAAAUGCUCCGGUUUGUGUCUCUUUAAAAGAAUGGUAAGUGGUAGAGAAGCUGGUGGCAUCUGUGAAAUCCUUUGAAGAUCAAAGAACGGAAAGCCAUUGGGUGAACUAAGCACUUUCACAAGGUUUUCUUUUUAUGUCCUAGGUAGGGUGCUAUAAAUUCCUUUCUCUUUG